CUUUGUCAGUCAACACAUUUGCAACUCAAAGGACUAUACUAGUGAUGUCGCCUUGGUUUCAUUCAUAUUUCUCGUGCAGUAGCAAUUAUUCCUAGUAGUAGUCUACGAGCCGUAUUCAAAGAGGAGAGUCUGGACUCGCCAAAAUCUGGCUAGAAUAUUCGGAAUUCGGUAACUCCCGCGAAAAUAAUUUUCGCGCAAAAAAAGUAAGCUUGAGAAGAAAAAGAAGCAAGUCGGAACUUGCUCCGAAAGGAGAUAAACUUGACAGUUUUGUAGCGGCAAUGGGAAAUGCACAAGGUCGUCGUUCACAGCAACGAAAACUUCAGAAAAGACCUCACAGUAUAGCUGUUGAAAAGCCAGGAAGGUGGACCGAAUCGUCCAAGCCACAAUUACAGCGAAGCGCUAGCCAGGGAUCGCUUAGGAGACGGUACACGGAAUCUGGGAAUUAUUCCUACAAAACACCUUGGCCCGUUCCCCUGAGUGAAGCUGUCUUUUUGCCAGAAUACGAUUCCAAGCAACCGGUGAAGAUCAGCGAUUUUGAGAUCCUGGCAACCGUUGGAAAAGGUGCAUUUGCUCACGUCCUUCAAGUGCGAAACAAGCAGUCUAAUAAAUUAUUUGCUAUAAAGGUACUAAACAAAGCAGAGAUAAUUAAGCAGGAUGCUGUACAGCAGUGCAAAGAUGAAGUAAAUAUACAGGUGAGAAACCUUUAUAAGGUUACAGUUUGUGCUCUUCACACUGUUUUUUUUUUCUCAGAUUACCUACAUAAAUCAGGAAUUAUCUACAGAGAUUUAAAGCUUGAAAACAUCCUUAUAGACAAUGAAGGGCACAUUAAACUUGUGGACUUUGGUCUGUCUAAAUUAGUUAAACUUGGAGAGAGAACGGGAACUAUUUGCGGAACAUUGCAAUACAUGGCUCCUGAAAUCCUAAGUGGAGAGGCGUAUACUCAUGUUGUGGAUUGGUGGAGCCUGGGUGUGGUCAUUUACACCCUCUUGGCCGGAAGGUAUCCAUACCCGACAACGCCAGAGCACGCCAGUCAGCACAAGGUGGUCAGCGGUAUAGAGGUUGAAUUCCCAUCUAACCUUUCGCCCAGUGCUGUGAGCAUUCUUCAAGGGCUUCUUCAGAAGGACCCCGAGUUGAGGCUGUCAAGUGUGGAAUCAUUGAAGUCGUACGCGUAUUUCAGCGAGAUAUCGUUCGAGGAUGUGUUACAAAAGAAGCAAUCACCCAUCACCUUAGAGACACUCAAGACACUGCGGCGAAGGAGUAUAGCAUCUAGAACGAUGUUCCCCAGGAAAGUCGAAGGAAACCGACGAGAUAAAAAGCCUCGUCCGUUGUCAUGGGCAAGCCCUGGACACUUUACUGUACAAGACAAAACUCAUAUGGACUGGCUUGUGGCUGACCUGGGGAGCCUGCACACACUAACGCUCAGCAGUAACCCGCAGAAAGGCACAAGAACUGAAUGCUUGGUAGCUUCUUGAAAAUGAUCAGAGAUCAAGUGCGCAUGCGCGCUGAAGCUAUAAUGCAGUCGGUGACCGUAACAGGUGCCGUUCUUGGACGAUCUUCUGGUACUCGGCGAAGAUGUAAAUUUAGUGUUCACCAAUGAGGGACAUAUCUUUCUCCUAUGUUGGUUUGCAUCUCUCUCAUUUCAUCUACCAAGCAAAAUGAAAAAUGUUCCAUGCUUCUUUUGCUAUCUUCUGGUACCUCUUUUUGCGACUGAAUUCGUGAUUUCCCACAACACACAAUUGCAAUGAAUAAUUUUGAAACAAGCGCAUCUUUUUGUUUUCACUUUGAAUUCCGUUAGACAUUCUUACAUAUAUUUCUAAUGAAAAGAGUACAUUUAAUAUAUAUACAGACAAAUUGAGUUUAGUACUCGUUAUAAAUGUGACAUUUGUAUCUACAAAAGAGACACAAAUAAGCUUUAUAUGUUAAAGUGUUAAAGAUAGUUUCGGACUAGGAGUUUCCUAAGUAACAGAAGCUGCAUGUUCGUGCACGGUUCCGGUUUCGGCCAAGCUCAUCGGAAGCAUCGGUCUAUCGCGCGCUAAGAAAGUUCUGGUACCCAGUCUCUCAUUUUAUUUUGCUCAGGGUUGGUCAGUCAAUAGACCCUGCGCGCGCGCGAAAUAUCAAAUCACCACGCGCGAGGACUGAAGGACCUUCACUCCACUAAGUCUAACGGCCGUAUACAUAAAGUUAAACCGUUCAAUCACUUGCAAAUGAAGUGCAGCUUUCGAAUUAGACAUGCAACGAUUUUCAAAACUGUCCUACUAGGACACUUUAUAAUAUUGUGUUGUGUUCAAUGCUGACAGAUAUCAGAUAUUGUUGACGUGACGUGGCAUGUCGUGAGUUAAGCUGAAACAAGCAAGAAAAGAGCUUGUUACUUUACAACUGGUACACAAAUUUCCUUGUGAUCUGGCAAAGACCAAACUUAUUCCCAAAGAUUCAUUUUCAGGUUUUCAUGUAGAUUCGUCAAAUCGUUUAUUUGCUUCACCGCUAUUAGUAAUAAAAAAAAUAAUAACAAUAACAAAAAGCUCCAAAAAUCCACCAGGCUUAGUAGCAGAGGCCACCUCGGUUGUUGAUAUAUUAGUAUUUGUUGCCCGUGUACUUGAAAUUGUUUGCAGUGGUGUGUAAAAUAUCGUUACUGGAUAAAUUUUAAAAGAUGAAUAAAAGAUGUGGUUGUACUUA